UGAACCCUACUGAGCCACAUUAGCGUUGCUCUCUCACCGCCAAGCCACUGCACAGAUAAUGUUCCCAUGGUAUGAUUCAGAGAGUCACGUCGUUGAUUAUUGGAGCAAGCACGCACGCUAUCCUUAUCUAUCUCUUCUCUUCUUAUUGCUCAUUAUUACGCGUCUCUCUCGUGUAGUAUAUAUAUACGUAUGUGAUAGUAAUGUCGGGUGAGGAGACACAGAGGAAUGUGUUUGGCGCGGAAACGGCGUCGUCCUUGGUGAAGGAGCUGAGGGACAACUUCGGUAAAGGAACCACGCGAAGUUACGAAUGGAGAGUGUCGCAAGUGAAGGCUCUAUUGAAGGCGGUGGUUGAAAACGAGGACCAGAUCGUCGGUGCUCUUUGUUCCGACCUAGCCAAGCCUCCGCUCGAAACCGUCGUCUACGAGAUUGGUAUGUUUAAAAACUCAUGUGAAGUCAUACUGAAGGAAUUGAAACAUUGGAUGACGCCAGAAAAGGUUAAAACGUCAAUCAGAACUUUUCCUUCUUCAGCUGAAAUAGUACCUGAACCGCUGGGUGUCGUGUUAGUCAUCUCUGCAUGGAACUAUCCAAUCUUGUUGUCCCUUGAUCCAGUAGUUGGAGCUAUAGCAGCUGGUAAUGCUGUGGUUCUAAAGCCAUCAGAAAUUGCUCCGGCCACUUCAUCAGUACUAGCAAAGUUGAUAGAGAAGUAUAUGGAUAACUCAUUUGUAAGAGUUGUUGAGGGGGCAGUUGAUGAAACAACUGCACUAUUGCAGCAAAAGUGGAACAAGAUUUUCUACACAGGUAAUGGAAGAGUGGGAAAAAUAGUGAUGACUGCGGCUGCAAAACACCUUACACCAGUUGUACUGGAGCUUGGAGGAAAAUCUCCUGUUGUUGUUGAUUCAAACAACAAUUUGCUGGUAGCAGCUAGACGAAUAAUUGCUGGCAAGUGGGGAUUGAACAAUGGACAAGCCUGCAUUUCUCCCGAUUAUGUUAUAACAACAAAAGACUAUGCUCCCAAGUUGGUGGAUACCCUAAAGACUGAAUUGGAGUCAUUUUAUGGAAGGAACCCGUUGGAAUCUGAAGAUUUGUCUCGAAUUGUGAGUUCCAACCACUUUGCUCGCUUGUCAAAGCUCUUGAAUGAUGAUAAGGUUUCUGGCAAGAUUGUUUAUGGAGGCGAAAAGGAUGAAAAGAAAUUAAGGAUUGCUCCCACUAUUUUAUUGGAUGUUCCGCAAGAUUCUUCGAUAAUGGGUGAGGAGAUAUUUGGUCCAUUGCUUCCCAUCAUCACGGUCAAUAAGCUCGAAGAAAGUAUAGAUGUGAUCAACUCAGGAGCAAAGCCCCUCGCUGCAUAUGUAUUUACAACCGACAACAAGUUCAAGGAGCAGUUCGUAAAGAAUGUUUCUGCCGGGGGUUUGCUCGUCAAUGACACUGCCUUACAUCUUGUGGUUGAUACCUUGCCAUUUGGGGGAGUUGGGGAGAGUGGAAUGGGUGCAUACCAUGGGAAGUUCUCUUUUGAUGCUUUUACACACAAAAAAGCAGUUCUUUAUCGCAGUUUUGCUGGGGAUUCAGCAAUAAGGUACCCACCAUACACGGAUACAAAACUGAGAUUGAUGAAGGCUCUCGUCGGUGGUCGUAUCCUCGGAAUAAUUCGUGCUCUUUUCGGAUGGUCCUAAGCUUAACUUGUUUUGAAACCUAGCUAUUUUUUAUGUAUCUUUCGUUCUGGUUUUUUUGUACUUCAUCAUGCUGUGUAGCUUUAUUAUUAUUUUUGUUUUUUUAGAAGAAAACCAAUAGGCGAGAGUUGCGCAUGAAAAAAGCAAAAUAAAUUAAAUAAUCAUUGCUACUUUUCUUCGUGAUUGUGUUAGAUGUCUUGCGGUUGUAAUGUGGCUAAUGCCUUUUAGAGGCUAUGCAGGCUGUGAUACUAUAAAAUACUGUGUAUAUAUGCACAUAUUAACAUGCCUUUCACGGAAGGACAAGGCAUGCAUGCUCUUAUGUAUGUCAUAAAUUUAUAAUCCAGAUUUUGCUAGCGAUUUUGGUUUCUCA